CUCUGUUACCUGCUCACUGAAAGGUUAGUACUCUUGAACAGAGCGACCGCGUACCGCCGCCAACUUGCUAAGGGACGAUUCGGAGGCUCUUUUCUGAGCGCGUCACGGUACUGUAUUGCACCAGCACAGCUGCUUUGGCUCGCACCCAGACAUAUCCGACGCCAGUCCGAAAGGGUUGUACGCGCGAGUGACUCACUUGCCGGCUCUUGCGAUUUUCCUGGUCAACAUGCACAGACUGGGAGGAGUCGGAAUCGCAGCCUUCGAUAGGCAGAGUCAACAGAAGCGGUCUUUUGCAGAGCUCUCAACCGAGAUCUCACAGGGACAAGUCGACCUCCUCCAUGCACAACUCGCCCAAUUCCGUAGUGCGUUGGCGCACUACGCCGCGACCCAUCGGGACUCUAUCCGCGAUGACCCUCAAUUCCGACACGCGUUCCAACGCAUGUGCACGUCCAUAGGAGUCGAUCCGCUAGCUGGGCCUAGGAAGGGUGGCUGGUGGGCGGAGAUGCUGAAUCUCGGCGACUGGCAGUACGAGCUCGGGGUGCAGAUCGUCGACGUCUGCGUCAGCACGCGUGAGCGCAACGGCGGGCUUAUCGAGAUGGGCGAGCUCGUGCGGCUCGUGAGCAAGCUCAGAGGCGUCAAGGGCGGCGUUAUCACCGAGGACGAUGUCAUUCGGAGCAUCAAGACGCUAAAGCCCCUCGGCGCCGGGUACGAAGUGCUCGACGUUGGUGCAGGGAAGAAGAUGGUGAGGAGCGUGCCCAAGCAGCUAGACGCGGAUCAGGCAGUAGUACUCGCCAUCGCUCAAGAAGAAGGCGGACGCGUUUCGGAAACGAUGUUGGUGCAGCGGAGAGGGUGGACUCACGAACGUGCGCGUGCAGCCUUGGAGAACAUGUUACUCCGAGACGGGCUGUGCUGGUUAGACGAGCAGGAUCCUGAGCAAGGAGUCGCUUACUGGGUCCCAUCUGCAAUGCAAUGGGACGAGUGAUUAGAACCUGCACUAUGUACUACUAGGCUGAUAGGCGUCACGGCUGAUGGAUGUCAUUAUUGCGAUGUCUCUUGAUUUGUGCAAGAUGGCUGGUA